AUGAAGAUACGAGGAGGACAAGAGUCCCAGGUGAGCGUGGAGGUGGUGAUCCAGCAGCAGUUCCACCGGGCCCUGGUGGGGCCCAAGGGCAGCCGGCUGCAGCAGCUCACCAAGGAGCACCAGGUGCAGGUGCAGCUCCCCGAGAGGGACGACGGCAACACAGGGCCCCCCGGUCCGGACCCCGCGGCCCCCCAGGAGAACGGCGAGGCCGCGCCCCACGCCGAGGCCGCGCCCCGCAAGUGUGACAUCAUCAUCGUCUCGGGGCGGCCGGAGAAGUGUGAGCUGGCGAAGGCUGCCCUGCUGGCGCUGGUGCCGGUGACGGAGGACGUGGAGGUGUCGUACGAGCUCCACCGCUACAUCAUCGGCCAGAAGGGCAGCGGCAUCAGGAAGAUGAUGGAGGAGUACGAGGUGAACAUCUGGGUGCCCCAGCCGGAGCAGCAGUGGGACGUGGUCCGGGUGACGGGUCAGCUGACCAACGUGGGGCGGGCCAGAGAGGGCCUGCUGCAGAGAGUCAGGGAGCUGCAGGCGGAGCAGGAGGACCGGGCGCUGCGCAGCUUCAAGGUCACCAUGUCGGUGGAGCCCCGCUUCCACCCCAAGAUCAUCGGGAGGAAGGGCGCCGUCAUCUCCCAGAUCAGGAAGGACCACGACGUCAGCAUCCAGUUCCCCGAGAAGGGCGACGAGCAGCAGGACGUGCUGGUGAUCUGGGGCUACGAGGCCAACGUGGGGGGGGCCCGGGGUGCCCUGGAGCGGCUGGUGGCGGAGCUGCGGGAGAUGGUGAGCCAGGACGUCCGGCUGGACCCCCGCACGCACGCCCGCGUCAUCGGGGCCCGCGGCAAGGCCAUCCGCAAGCUGAUGGAGGAGUUCAAGGUGGACAUUAAAUUCCCCCCUCCCGGUUCUGAGGAGCCGGACCGCGUCGCUGUAACGGGACUGCCUGAGGCCGUGGACAACGCCAUACACCACCUCCUCAACCUGGAGGAGGAGUAUAUGCUGAGCGUGACGGAGACGGAGACCCUGGCGGCCUACAUGAAGCCCCCCUCCCGCUACGGGGGAGGGGGCGUGGGCGGGGGAGGGGGGGAGGACAGCAACGGGGCCCCGGCCAAGGGCUACGUGGUGCGGGACGCCCCGUGGAACGCCCCAGGAGGGGACAAGGCUCCAGACAUGAGCAGCGCAGAGGACUUCCCAACGUUCGGGGCCAGCGUGGCCCCCAAGCAGAGCUCCGCCUGGGGCCCCAAGAAGGUCUGAGGAGCCACCGGGACUGUUUCAACAGCAGGCCUCCCCCCUCCCCCCUCCCCUCACCCCCCCUCCCCCUCCCCCUCCCCCCUGAGAGCCGCAACCACCAGCCAUUUUGGAGGGUGUGAGAAAGAGAGCGGCCUUCUUCUCUGCUCUCCUCUCCACCUCCUUUUUAAUCCGUCUCCCCCCCACCUAACACACACACACACACACACACACGCACGCACGCGCGCGCGUGCGCGCGCGCGCACACACACACACACACACACACACACACACACACACACACACACACACACACACACACACACACACACACACACACACACACACACACACACACACACACACACACACACACACACACACACACACACACACACAAUAUCCCAGAACCCAAAACAAACAUGGACCACGAUGUUAAUAUUUUUCUCUCAAACUUUCGAGCGCUCUCCUCUCUCUGCCGCUCUGUUAUGUCGCCGCCGUACUCCAAAAACGCUUUUGAGAUUCCGAUAACCCCCCUGCGCGCCCCCCAAACCGACAUUCAGCCUGACUGCAGCACUUCGUAGACGAAUGUUUGGGAACAGUCUUCGGAAGUGCCUGAGCGAGCGCAGAGCAGGGCGGUAUCGGACGUGUUCGAAUUUUAAUCCGAAAUUCGUAGAUAUUAGCGUUUUAGCUUUUUGAUUAUUUAUUUUGUACGUGUAAAAGAACAGUGUCUGUGUCGCAGGGCCCAGGUUUUAAUGUAUUUUGUUUUUUUUCCCUGUAAUUUGAACUGAAAAGAUGUGAAUGUCCAUCUACUGUAUUGUCUCUACUGUGAAGGCUGUUUUUUCAUCGGUUCGGAGCGGUUCCACCCUGAACCUCAGUGAUCCUGCUCAUUUAUCUUUUUUGUAAAGCACUGACUGUAGCCUGAUGCUUUUGAAGACCUUUUAUUUAUUUUUUACGAAGUGUGUUCAAAGGCGUGGGUUGCGGAAAAAUCUCACAUUUGAAGUGAAAUAAGUACGUGAACCCUGUUUUAAUUUCUAUGUUUUACGGCUCAUUUGAAGGUGCGUGUGUGUGUGCGUGCCUGAGAGAUUUGUAUGCGUGCAAGGAAGGAUUAUUCUUGAAUGAAGCUUGACCAAACUCAAAAUGUGUCGUCAGUUUUAUCUUCACACUUGCUGUCAUUUUGUUUGUAAUUUUAAGGUUAUGUUUUCUCCCUAUCUGUCAUCAGGUCACUUUUAAGUUUCACGAUCUUUGUCAAGAUGUCGGACUACACGGGCAGCUCCCUCUAGGAUUCAUCCAACUUUUGUGUAACAAUGUUUGACUUCAAGUCAUUUUGGGUAGCACAAAACAGUACAUUUUCCAUCCAUUAUUAAUCGUAUUUAUGUUCUUCGCUCAGAUGAUCGAUCGUGUCGUGCGACCGAGAUCAAUCCUCCAUACAGAACCGAACCCCCGCAAUGUAUGCUUCCACCCGUGGCUGCAUUCAUAACGGUGACGAGUGGGGUCCCAGUCCUACUUUUUCCGGCAUGUUCUAUGGCGGACUAUGCAAACCAACCAGGAUAUUCCAUUUAAAAUUUGGCGCAAUUCUUCGUUUUUUUAUUUGUAUUUCCGUGACUUUAUGACAUUCUUCUCGUGUCUCUCUCAGCCCCAAUUUCAGCCUUUUUUUAACACAAUGGCGGCCAUUUCGGACGAGACGAGGCUUGCGCGGCCUCUUGCUGUACUCUUAGGGUAAUGGGUUCAUGAAAUGGCUGCCCAAAAGCUGCUGUCUUUUAUGUUUCCUGUCAAAUCUUAAAGAAAACACACUAUUGGCCUUAAUGAGUAAAAAGUGUUCAACAUUUUGAUGAAUAAAAAGGUGUGAUUGAAGCGUGUGCGAUUGCAAUACCAGGGUCAGUGACUGGUUUCCUACUCUUAAUAAAAUGUAAUGACAUGAA